AAUUUUACUGAGAAAUAGUUGUUGACGUAGUUUUGUGCACGCUAUAUUGGAUAGGAACUGGGUAACCGUAGUGACUCGACUUCCUUUUAUUGCCAAAGCAAUCAUUACAAAAGCAGCUUGUUAGAAUGAGCUUGAGUACUUCACAAUUCCUUUUCCAAAGACCUUCAACCAAGACUUGUAAGGAUAGAAUACUUGAGCAUUAUUUCCAGUGACGUACAGAGAUAUACAUAAGAUAUUUCAAGCAAUAACAACAAGGUUUCCAAGGUCAACAAUGAACAACCGACCUUAAAAUCUCUGCAGCUUUCAACACAACCCGUUUAUUAGAGCAAACGGAGACAAAGUGGUGCUCAUUUCUUCUUAUGGACUCGAAAAUCACUCAUCCAUCCGUCCUACAUUAUUUGCUUUGGGAAGUGUUUGUGUUGGCGUUGGUACAUUUAACGAACCUCCUUCCCCUUUCAAGUCUAGUCUUGUAACUGUUCAAAACUUUGUGCAUUUGUUCGUUGAGAGGGAGUAAGUUUAUAGACAACACUAGCUUGAAGUGAUACUAUGUUGCGUCUCGGUGGAUCGCUGUCGUUGAAGGCCAUAAGAACGGCCGCGCAACGCAAUGUACUUCCUGAGGCUACAGCAGUUAUGGGCGACAAACCCCUUCGGAAGCUUCACCAGUCGGUCAGUUCUUCGAGUGUUCUACCAGGCCCCGCGGAAGUUAGUUCGGUUCUGGAAGACCGUAUCAGCAAUUAUUAUGCCAAGGUGAACGUUGAUGAAGUUGGAAAAGUGCUCGCAAUUGGAGAUGGUAUCGCAAGAGUCUACGGUUUAAACAAUGUGAGGGCAGGAGAAAUGGUGGAGUUUGCUUCGGGCGUCAAAGGAAUGGCGCUCAACUUGGAAGCAGACAAUGUUGGAAUUGUCGUAUUUGGAAAUGAUAGAGAAAUCGCAGAGGGUGAUGUUGUGAAGAGAACUGGUGCGAUUGUAGAUGUUCCUGUUGGUAUGGGAAUGUUGGGGCGAGUGGUAGACGCUUUAGGAAACCCAAUUGACGGGAAGGGUCCUCUGAAAGAUGUCAAGAGAACUCGUGUAGAAGUGAAAGCUCCAGGAAUUAUGCCCAGACAAGGUGUCAAGGAACCUAUGCAGACAGGACUAAAGGCAGUGGAUGCCCUGGUCCCUAUUGGAAGAGGCCAGCGAGAACUUAUUAUCGGAGAUCGUCAGACAGGCAAAACAGCUGUAGCUAUAGAUACUAUUCUCAAUCAAAGACAAGCUUUUGAAUCAGGAGACGAUAAGAAAAAGUUAUACUGUAUUUAUGUUGCUAUUGGGCAAAAGCGUUCUACUGUAGCGCAAAUUGUCAAGUCUUUGGAAGAAGCAGGUGCACUCAAGUUUUCUAUAGUUGUAGCUGCUACAGCUUCUGAUGCGGCACCUCUGCAGUUCUUAGCACCUUAUUCUGGUUGUGCCAUUGGAGAGUAUUUUCGCGAUAACGGAAUGCAUGCCCUGAUAGUCUAUGACGACUUGUCCAAACAAGCAGUUGCCUAUCGUCAAAUGUCUUUGUUGUUGAGACGUCCUCCAGGGCGUGAAGCUUACCCUGGAGAUGUGUUUUAUUUGCAUUCUCGUCUCUUGGAAAGGGCUGCUAAAAUGUCAAAUGCUCACGGUGCUGGUUCUUUGACAGCUUUGCCAAUUAUUGAAACACAAGCUGGUGAUGUGUCAGCAUAUAUUCCAACUAAUGUGAUUAGUAUAACUGAUGGUCAAAUCUUUUUGGAAUCAGAAUUAUUUUACAAAGGUCAGAGACCUGCAAUUAAUGUUGGAUUAUCCGUUUCUAGGGUUGGUUCUGCAGCUCAACCCAAAUGUAUGAAGCAAGUCGCAGGUUCCAUGAAACUGGACUUGGCACAGCACAGAGAAGUUGCAGCAUUCGCUCAGUUUGGUUCAGAUUUGGACGCCUCAACUCAACAAUUAUUGAAUCGUGGAGAUAGAUUGAAUGAACUAUUGAAGCAAGGUCAAUAUAGUCCUAUGCCAGUAGAAGAACAAGUGGUUUGUUUGUAUGCUGGAGUUCGUGGAUACUUUGACAAGAUCCCAGUCUCUGCUGUUCGCAAGGCUGAGGAAGAAUUUCUGGAGCUAGUACGAAAUAAUCGCAAAGAUAUCUUGGAUAGCAUUCGAAAGGAGUUAUCGCUGACGGAGUGGGCGGAUAAUGAGUUGAAGAAGACUAUUACAGGCUUCUUGGAAACCUUUAAGCCCUAAGUUGGAAUUCUAGUUACUCUAUUACUACUUGGUCAUUUGUUCUCUACUUGGUUGCAAGAUGCAACAAUAUUUCGUUGUGAUGGUUUUUGUGGUUCAAGUCAAUAAAGGUUCUUUUGCCAUGAUAAUUUGUUUACAUAGU